AUGGGUGCGUGGCACCGCUCUCUGCCGGGCGCCCUCCUGCUGUUCCUGGGCAGCCUGGCCACCACCGUGCUCUGUGACACACCGGCCAACUGCACUUACGCUGAUCUGCUGGGCACCUGGGUCUUUGAAGUGGGUCCCAGCACUUCUAAACAGGACGUCAACUGCUCCAUUAUGGGAACACCAGAAAAAAAAGUAGUGGUGCAUCUCAAGAAAAUGGAUUCAGCCUAUGAUGAACAUGACAACUCUGGAUUUUUCACCUUAGUUUACAACCAAGGCUUUGAAAUUGUGCUGAAUGACUACAAGUGGUUUGCCUUUUUUAAGUACAAAGAAGAAGGUGGCAAAGUAACCAGUUAUUGCUACGAGACAAUGCCAGGGUGGGUGCAUGAUGUGCUGGGCCGGAACUGGGCAUGUUUCACUGGAAGAAAAGUGGGAACUGCCUCUGAGUCUGUGAGUGUAAACAAGGCACACCCCAAGAGUCUUCAAGAAAUGUAUUCUAACAGGCUUUAUAAAUAUAAUCACAACUUUGUGGAAACUAUCAAUUCCAUUCAGAAGUCCUGGACUGCAACCGCAUACAAGGAGUAUGAAAUUCUUACCCUGAGAGAUAUGAUUAGAAGAAGUGGUGGCCACAACCAGAAACUGCCAAGGCCCAAACCAGCACCACUGACCACUGAAAUACAACAAAAGAUCCUACAAUUGCCAGAAUCUUGGGACUGGAGAAAUGUUAACGGAAUCAACUAUGUCAGCCCUGUUCGUAACCAAGCAUCUUGUGGGAGUUGCUACUCAUUUUCUUCUUUGGGUAUGCUAGAAGCAAGAAUCCGUAUAUUAACCAACAAUUCUCAGACCCCAAUAUUGAGUCCUCAGGAGGUUGUGUCUUGUAGCCAGUACUCUCAAGGGUGUGACGGUGGCUUCCCAUAUCUCAUCGCAGGAAAAUAUGCCCAAGAUUUUGGGCUGGUGGAAGAGGACUGCUUCCCCUAUAAAGCCACUGACACUCCAUGCAAAGUGAAGAAGGAUUGUGUCCGGUACUACUCCUCAGAGUACCACUAUGUUGGAGGUUUCUAUGGGGCCUGCAAUGAGGCUCUGAUGAAGCUGGAGUUGGUCACUCAUGGGCCCAUGGCAGUUGCUUUUGAAGUCUAUGAUGACUUCCUCCACUACCGGAAGGGGAUUUACCACCACACUGGGCUGAGAGAUCCUUUCAACCCCUUUGAGCUGACAAAUCAUGCAGUUCUGCUUGUCGGCUAUGGCACUGACUCAGAAACUGGGUUGAAUUUCUGGCUUGUUAAAAACAGUUGGGGUACCACCUGGGGUGAGAAUGGCUAUUUCAAGAUACGCAGAGGAACAGACGAAUGCGGGAUUGAAAGCAUAGCAAUGGCAGCCACGCCAAUUCCUAAAUUGUAGUGUAUAUCUCUCAGUAUUU